ACGAAUUUUGUGAAGACUGAAGUUUGUGAAUCAUCUGUUGUAUCAUUAUAAUUAAUAUAUACUAUCUACUCGUUGAUUAUAAUAAUUUGUCAAUUGUCAAUAGAAAAGCCUUCUUGUUUAAAAGAAUAGAAAUUGAUAGAAUCCAGUGCAUCGAAAAAAUUACAUAUUUGAACAAAAAAUGGGUUGCGAUGGAGGUACUAUUCCACGCAGGGAUGAACUUGUUAGAUUGAAGAAGAAACCAGAACAGAAAGAUAAAGACGCAGAGCGUUCUUUCAAAUGGCGCAAUUGCGCUGUAUCUCAACAAACCUUACAAGAGCCAGUGGUGGCUUGUGGCUUAGGAAGACUUUAUAGUAAAAGUUCUGUGUUAGAAGCUUUACUUGACAAAGAAAGCAAGCCUAAAUCAAUAGAUCAUAUAAGGAAUUUAAAGGAUAUCAAAGAUUUGAAACUAACAAAAAACCCAGCUUACACUAAUAGCGAGCAUACAGAUGGUGCUGUUGGAGAAGGAAGUGCACCAUAUAUUUGCCCCAUCAGUGGUUUAGAAAUGACUGGUAAAUUCAGGUUUAUAUUUCUAUGGAGUUGUGGCUGUGUGCUUGCUGAGCGUGCAUUGAAGGAGGUCAAACAAAACCUUUGUCACAUGUGUCAACACCCCUUCACCAGUAAUGAUGUAAUAGUGCUCAAUGGAACCGAUGAUGAUAUUGAACAGCUUAAAGAGAAGAUGGCAUUUCGAAUUGCGAACAGAAAGUCCAAGAAAUCUAAAGCAGAUAAGACAGAGAAAGAAGUUAAAAUUGAGACUUCAACAUCCACAUCCACAAAUACUCCUUCCACAUCGGAGGAAGUCAAAAAGGAAAAAGAUGACCCGCAAGAAGGAAGUAGUCAAGUGAAAAAGGAAUUAGACACGAUUCCUCUAUCAUUACCUAAAUUUAAUCCUAACAAACAGACUAGGGGACACUUUGGAUCGAGCAAAAGGGCUCACCCAACACAGCUAGCACAGGAUCCUUCUUACAAGAAAACAAAGAAAGAUUAUAGUAUAGCCAAAGAUCCCCAGACUAGUGAGGUCUACAAGUCAAUAUUUACCUCGCAUAGAAAUGAUAAAGAGCAACAGAGAGCACAUUGGAUUACAUACAAUCCUUUCUAUAACUAAAUUAUUUUGCUUAGCAUAAUAUAUACAUAUUGGCGAUAUAUAUAUAUUGGCGAAUUAUGAUAGGAAAUAGUUUAAUUUUGUAUCAUGGGUUUUUGAAUGAAACUUAAUCUUUGUCACAAAUAAUUUAAACUGAUCUAUGCUCAGUUUUACCAUCAAUUUUUCAGGAGUUGAAACAGGGCAUUAAUGGUGUUUAGUAGAAGUAUAUUUAUAUAUACAUAUGUAUUUGUAGUCAUAACAGUUGAUCAUAUAUGCCACUAUGGAUGUGUCACAAGAGAGUGAUAUCUUAAAUCUACUAUUAAAACACCACUAUUAUAGCUGUUGCUUUUUUGUGCUUCCAAAACCAAGAAAUACACCUCCAUUUAAUUUUUUUUUAUUGAAUAGGCAGGCGAACAAGCAUAUUACCUGAUGGUAAGUGAUCACCAAUGCCCAUAGACAUUGGCAUUGUUAGAAAUGUUAACCAUCGCUAACAUCACCAAUGCGCAACCAACUUUGGGAACUAAGCUGUUAUUUCCCUUGUGCCUGUACUGUAAUGUUUUGCAGUAGAAUAUCUGAUGAGAGUGGGUGGUACCUACCCAGACGAGCUUGCACAAAGCUCUACCACCAGUAAAUUUAUAUAAUUAAAAAAAAAUACAAUAAAUCUAAUUUGUAUGUUAAGAAUUAUAUUUUCAUUCUACAUAUGUCAAUUUUAUUUCAAGGUUUUAAAUAAAUAAACUGAUUAA